AUGUCAGUGACAGUCCAGGAACAGGAUAAAGUCUUAAGGAACUUGUAUCGAAGACUGAAAUUGUAUGCUAGUGACGACGAUGUUAAUGAAAAUUCUCAUCUCGUUGUUAAGCCAAAACUAAAACCUUCUGUUUCAUUUAAUACCGUUCCUUCCUAUGCUGGACGUUCCAUCUUAGACGAUAAUCAAGAAUUUGAAGGGGUCCAUUUCCCAACCGAUUAUUCAAUGGAAGAAUUUUAUGAUAAUGAAAGUGGUUAUGCUACCGAAUGUAAUCAAGAUUAUUUUAAUAAAAAUCAUUAUAUGGUGGAUUCUGCUUCUCAUAGGAAAAGGGGAAGUUCCCCUCCUCCUACCCCUGGUGGGAAAUUAUCAGCAAGUUCAUUAUCCCAAAUGUUUAAAAUUGCAGAAAAUGGUAAAAUCGUUAGAGUAGAUUAUCCAAGUAGACCUUCGAUAUCAAAUGACGCUGUUAUAGUCACUAGAGUUCAAGGUAAUUGGGAAAAACUAUGGAGUGAAAGGAAACAUCAAAUCGAGGAGAGAAUACUUAAUAAAAGAAAAUAUUUUAGUAAACCUGAUGAGUUAUUUCCAGAACAAAAAUUUGUACCAAUAAUUAGCGAUGAUCUAAUACCAAAGACUAGAGAACAAAGAAAAAAGGAUAAAAUCUUACAAUUAAAAGUUGGUUAUUCAAAUUCUCCAAGAACAUUGGUUUGUCAUAUCAGCGGGAGACGUCAUACCUGGGUGGCUUUGGAUUGGAUGCUAAGAGAAUUAUCAGUCGAUUUGGAUCACAUUGUAGUCAUUACCAACUUACCUAGACUUCGUACUGAUAAAGUAAGAAGCAGAUCCAGAGAAAAAUCAUCAAGUCGUUCAGUCUCAGAAUCGAAAUCAAGAUCUUGCAGCAGAUGUCCUGACGCUGAGUGUGAAGAUCUCAAAGAUGAGGACUAUGAUAUUUUCUCAAAGAGUAGUACAGAAAAUAAUGAAUGGUGUAGUGGUUAUGAUAAACAGCAUAUCGAAUUAGAAAUUAAAAAUAUAUUCAACUAUAUUAGAAAAAUUACACCUCCUGAAAAAAUUUUAAAAAUUACUGUUGAAUUACUUGUCGCAAAGACUUCCAAAAUGUUUUGUGAUAUUGUAAACGUUUAUACACCCGAUUUCUUCGUUUCGAGUACAUUGAGAUGGAGCCAAACUGAUAAUUUGGUGGUUUGGAAAUCUAAAAAGAUCACCGACUCUCUAUGUACGUGUUAUCCGAUCCCUGUAUUUGUUGUCCCAGCGGAAAGAAUGUAUCAUUUUGAAACUAAUCUUCAGAACGAAUUUGCAAUUGGUAACAUGGAUAAAUUGGCUAAACAUUUGAAAGUCUCGAGUGCCAGCACAAGUACUGAAGAAUUAGACGAAGAUGAUAUUGAAACUGUAUUAACUGCCAACGAUGAAGUUAAAUCAGUGUCACUAGGACAAAGAUUGAAAGAUUUAGCUCAUGAAAAUAGGACUCAGAUGAUGGACAGAUUGACAGCUUUAAUUUCAGGUAAAACUGCAGAUGAUACUAGUUCCAGCAUAUUGGAAAACAAAUUUAAUAUUAUUUUCAAAGAAUCAUUAAAAUUUGCAGAAGAAAUCAAUAAAUUAAAAUGCGAAGAUGAAUCAGAUACGGAAUUUGAACAAUUGAAAAGAGUUAUCACAGGAGGUGCAGUCAGACCAGUUGUCUCCUCCAAAAAAUCCAUGUUAGAUGUUGUUGAUACGACAAAUAAGAAAGCACACCAUCAUCACCAUCAUCAUCAUAAAGAUCGCGAAAUAGAACUCUCUAGGACUAACUCAUCACAGAUCAAGUUUGCAAGUAGCGUGAAAGUCGGUGAUGGAAAUGAAGCUCUAGGAAAUUUAGGUGUAUGCCGUACAAUGUCUAAUGUUGUGGAGAAGAGCCCCUCAUCACCUACAUCUGGUCUUUCUUUACGCCCUACAAUGUCAUAUAGUAUAUCUUCGUCAACUAAUAAUGAGCCAAUCAAAAAAUGUACUAAAAAAGAUAAAAACAAUUUACGCAAAACCAAAAGUGCAAAUAACGUCGAACCAGUGAAGUCAAACGAUUCCUCAUCUUCCACUGGUAAGAAAAAAGGUGGAUUCUUCUCAUUCUUCAAAAGAGGUUAA